CGCCGCUCGGAAAGUUACCUGUGCGCGCCCGGCCCGGCCGCUCUCUGCCCGGCGAGCCCCACAUGCGAGGGGGAGGGGGCUGGGGCUCUACCUGUCCUACCUCGGCGGCUGGCUGCGGAGCCGGGAGAAGGGGGGGAAGGAAAGCAGAAUUACCAGUAGCUCUGGUUCUGCCGUCCCGGGCGUUCACACACACACCUUCACCUGCACAGACCUGAAAGUCCAGUUCCGCCAGGGAGACGGAGGCACCGGGAAAAGGGGAGAGAGUUCAUUGGAUCAAACAUGUCACAAGAGACGGACAAUAACAAGCGACUUGUGGCCUUAGUGCCAAAUGACACUUCAUUCAACACCAGACGAGCCUACACCAGUGAAGAUGAAGCCUGGAAGUCGUAUUUGGAGAAUCCCCUAACAGCAGCCACCAAGGCUAUGAUGAGCAUAAAUGGUGAUGAGGACAGUGCUGCUGCUCUUGGCCUAUUGUAUGACUAUUAUAAAGUUCCCAGAGAUAAAAGGCUGUUGUCUGUUAACAAAGUGAGUGAUAAUCAAGAAGACCAAGAUAAAAGAAAUUGUCUUAACACCACAGAAGCUCAGAGUAAUUUGAGUGGGGGAGAGAACCGUGUGCAAGUCCUGAAGACGGUGCCAGUUAACCUUUCCUUGAAUCAAGAUCCUUUGGAGUCAUCCAAAAGGGAAUACAACGCAAAUGUGUCUGGGAGCUCAACACCCAUCACUGGGACUGGAGUGACUGUGGUUAAAGCAGAGGAGUUCACCCCUGUUUUCAUGACCCCACAAGCACACUAUGCAAGAGGAGAAAAUGAGGAGCACCGAGGUGUUAUCUUUGAACCCUAUGAAGUGUCCAACAUUGCUCCCCACACAAAUUAUCUCAAAGAAGACCAGCGCAGUACUCCUGACAGCACGUACAGCGACACCUUCAAAGAUGGAGGAACAGAAAAGUAUCGCAGUGUGUCAGUGGGGGCUGAAGAAUAUAUUUAUGAACAAACAAGCAGCACUUUUCAGUACACGCUAGAAGCUACCAAAUCUCUGCGUCAGAAGCAAGGGGAGGGGCCUAUGACCUACUUGAACAAAGGACAGUUCUACGCCAUCACCCUGAGCGAGACGGGUGACAACAAAUGUUUCCGUCAUCCCAUCAGCAAAGUCAGGAGCGUGGUCAUGGUUGUUUUCAGUGAGGAUAAAAACAGGGACGAACAACUGAAAUACUGGAAAUACUGGCAUUCUCGGCAGCACACAGCUAAACAGAGGGUCCUUGACAUUGCUGAUUACAAGGAGAGUUUUAAUACCAUUGGGAAUAUUGAAGAAAUCGCAUUCAAUGCUGUGUCCUUUACCUGGGAUGUCAAUGAGGAAGCAAAGAUUUUCAUCACAGUGAAUUGCUUGAGCACAGACUUCUCCUCUCAAAAAGGAGUGAAGGGACUUCCUUUGAUGAUUCAGAUUGAUACAUACAGCUACAACAACCGCAGCAAUAAACCCAUCCACAGAGCCUACUGCCAGAUCAAGGUUUUUUGUGACAAGGGAGCAGAAAGGAAAAUCAGAGAUGAAGAAAGGAAGCAGAACAGGAAGAAAGGCAAAGGCCAGGCAUCUCAAGCCUCGUGUAAUAACUCAGCGGAAGGGAAGUUGAGUGCACUCCCUCUGCAAAAAAAGAGUGAUAUCACCUUCUUCAAAACAAUGGCUGACCUGGAUUCCCAGCCAGUUCUCUUCAUACCGGAUGUUCACUUUGGAAACCUACAAAGAACUGGACAGGUUUACUAUAAUACAGAUGAUGAGAGAGAAGGUAGCAGUGUCCUGGUCAAAAGGAUGUUCCGGCCUGUGGAGGAGGAGUUUGGUCCAUCCCCCUUGAAACAAAUGAAAGAAGAAGGCCUGAAAAGAGUGCUUUUGUAUGUGAGGAAGGAGACAGAUGAGGUGUUUGAUGCUUUGAUGCUGAAAUCACCCACAGUAAAGGGGCUAAUGGAAGCGAUCUCUGAGAAAUAUGGGCUGCCAGUUGAAAAGAUUGCAAAACUUUAUAAGAAGAGCAAAAAGGGUAUCUUGGUAAACAUGGACGACAACAUUAUUGAGCACUACUCCAACGAAGACACGUUCAUCCUGCACAUGGAGAGCAUGGUUGAAGGCUUCAAGAUCACACUGACAGAAAUAUAGCCUCAGGCAGAACCUUUUUGUAAGGAACCACAGCAUUUCAUCCUUCUUGGAAAGCAGAAGAUUCCCCAGGAACUUGACACACAUUGAUCAGAGAAACUGUUACAAGACUGCUUUGAAAAUACUGUCCGUUCUGCACAUGUGCACUCACUGCAUAUAGGCUUGGGUUUGUCAGGCACAAGGCCACUCAUGUUAACCUGGUCCCUUAUUUAUUGUUCCCCAUUCUCUAAUGUAUGAGCAGUUACCAGCCCCCAGAUUUGUAACCAGAUGACCCACUGCAAGUGUGAAGUGCAGCAUUUUAAUCCAUACUUUAGUGUGGACAAGCUCAUUCUAAAACAUGUUAAGGAACCAUACUGGUCUAGUUUCAGAAAUCUGGUGUAAAUCACUUUACCAGUAGUUCUCUCCAUUGUUGCUAAAAAACUGGUGCAGUGCUAAACAUGGGGAAAGUGGCUGACAGAGUUCACUCACUCAUACUGGUCCGUAUCUCUCUCUAGUGUAUAGUCUUGCCAAAUACCUCUGGUAGUUCUCAGCACGUAGCAAUGAGGACUUGUAAGUAAGGCAUUCAGCUACAAAUGUCACUUGUAAGUAAAUGGUAAAGAAACCAUUUUAACCUUGUAUAUAAUGUUUAUAAUAUGCAAUAAUAUAUUUUAACUACUGUAUGCAGGUAUGUUUACUGCCACUAUGUUUUUUUAUGUAUUGGGUUUAGGCUUUAACAGGAUCUUUCCUAGAGGAUUAGAUUGCUGAAAUCUGUUGAGGAGUGUGUACUGAGAAGCUGAUAACUGCAUCUGCACCCAUAUGCUCCACCUUUGCCCACCUAGUCUUAUAGUGCUACAGGGUCUGGAGUGCUCUGGCACAAUGGUACCCACCUUAGGUGCCCAAGUCCCAGCUGUGGAUCCCUGAGUGUCCCAUCCAGCUGUCACCAAAUCCAAGAGGUACCACGUGUCUGCUGCCUGGUGUGCCUAGAGGUACAGAAGGGAUUUCUCCUGUUCUGUUGAUGAAAUGGAGACUCUCAAAGUGGGCUUUUCUCAAGCCUGUGGAGGGAAAGGUGCUUUCUGCAGCAGCCUGCUCAUUAAAGCAUUCCUUUAGACUGUAAGAAACAGGACUUAAAACUCUCCUUAAGGGUACUUGCUCUUGUAGCUCCAUUGAAUGUUUCUGUUUUGACUUUUAGGACAGUUGGGUGAGGUAUAAACCUGGGCGUGAUGUAAAUAUUUUAUCAAAACUGGAACAAUUUUACCAGUGGAGACUGAAUAUCCCACAGCUGAGGUGUGGAGAUUGGUCUCUCUCACAAGGGCUGAAUCUGAAGCCAAGUCGAACUACAGGGUUAUCCUGUCAAAUUUCACCACUGUCUCAUGAAUUCUGUGAAGAGAGAAAAUAGUGCAUGCUAAAAUCGUAAUAGGAAAAGGGUUCAAGGCCUGAAUGUGUCUGUUCUCCCUCCCUCCCUCUUCCUUUGGUGUGUGGUCUUUCUCCUUUUGAGGAAGAGUUUUGUAGUAAUUCCUGUAUCUUUUUAUAAUUAUGUACUCCAGCAAAGAUGCUCUUGCUACCUUGCUUAAGAGCAGACAUCCUGGGAAUGCAUACAGGGGAUUUAUGGUGGUUCAGCUUGUUUCUGCUUGGCUCAGGCUGAGAUAAAAUGUCUAUGCUGACUUAGCCCAGAUACUUUUUUCCUAAAGAAAAACAGAGGACAGUUUUGGCAGGUGGCAUUAGGAACUGGGACCAGCACAUAGGACUGGUGAGCACUGGUGUUAGUUCAUGUAUUUCUCUGUUUUUUUAACGGUGUUUGGGAUCCUAAGGAUAGCAGCUGGGCUCUCUCAGUUGGUCAUCGUGUCUGGGCAGAAGCUGCAGGUGAAGCAUAGAAGUAAAUGUGUGCAGGAGUUGAGCCCUGGUUCAGCACUCAACCCUGCCAUCUAAGCUUUCUUGCUUAUAGGGAAUGCCUGUGGCAUCUGGGGCUGGCCUGGGUUGGGAUGUGCUGCCUUAAGAGAGAACAGUGAGAAUUUGGGUUUCACAGAGAAAGACGGGGAUGUCUGGCAGCA